CCAGUCUGACACUCUCUCUGUAAGAUCACACCGGCACACAACCUGGCGGGGAAAUGUCUCGGGCCGCGGAAAGACUCAGACUGUUGAUCAAUCAUCUUGAUCGAUCACCCGCUGCUAUCACAGCUGCACCAACAUCUGCUCCAACCUUGAGCUCCAGUCACCCACAGAGACUGAGAUACACUCUCGAUACCGACCUGCUGACCCCAGAACAGCGACUCUCCUAUGAGGAAAAUGGCUUUAUCGUCGUCAAGAAUCUGGUGUCUGAAGAGGACAUCGACAGGUUCAGGGAGGCGUUUGAACAGAUCUGUCGACAGGAAGUGAAGGUUCCCGGUCUGGUGGUGAUGAGGGACUUGGCGAUCGUUAAGUCAGAGUUCGUUCCGGAUCAAAGAGCGGUCUCCAAACUCCAGGACUUCCAGGAAGAUCCUGAACUGUUCCGGUACUGCACCUUACCACAGAUUCUGAAGUUUGCGGAGUGUUUCACUGGACCCAACAUCAUGGCCAUGCACACCAUGCUGAUCAACAAGCCUCCUGAUACAGGUAAGAAGACGUCUCGUCACCCAAUGCAUCAGGAUCUGCAUUACUUCCCGUUCCGCCCAGCAGACAGGAUCGUCUGCUCUUGGACGGCGAUGGAGAAGGUGAACAGGGAGAACGGCUGCCUGGUCGUCCUGCCGGGAACGCACACUGGCACCCUGCAGGAGCACGACUACCCCGAGUGGGAGGGUGGUGUAAACAAGAUGUACCAUGGAGUGCGUGGCUACAACCCGCAGCACCCCAGGGUGCACCUGGAGAUGGAGAAGGGCGACACCGUCUUCUUCCACCCACUGCUGAUCCACGGCUCUGGCAUGAACCAGACGCAGGGCUUUCGCAAGGCCAUCUCCUGCCACUACGCCAGCGCUGACUGCUAUUACAUCGACGUGAAGGGAACCACACAGGAAAACAUAGAGCAAGAGGUGAUGGAGAUCGCAGCCAGGAAAUAUGCUAUAGGCAACGGCGUGACCCUCAAGGAUACCUGGGCUUUCCGAGGCCGCCUGGUGCAAGGAGAGAGGAUUUCACUGUAAAGGCACCACAGGAGUGCCACAAAAAAUUACAGGGUGACUAAUCUUAGUGCUGAAAUUAGAAAAGAUUGAUGGUGAUUGGAUGAGAACCAACAGGCCAUGUUCACACCGGCACAGAAAGUGUUCAUGGCUUUCUGCUCUGUAAGGCCGCCAUAAAGAAAUUCUUAUCAUACAAUCCCUAAUUUUCUUUCAUAAUGGAGGAGUGUAAUAUUUAGCUUGUCCUCAGUGUAACAUUUUGAAAAUGAAGUCCAGAAAACAGAAAAUACCUCAUGCUACUUGCCUUACAGCAUUUUACAGCACAAUGUACAACACAUCGCACUUGAAAGCUGUGGAGCAUUGUGAAAAUGGAAAGGGAUGUUCAUUGCACAAGCUUAAAGAAAGCCGGUUGGCAUGUUGAUCGGGAAAAGAAUGAAUUAUUAUGUGUGAGAGAGAGAUGGAGCGAGGGAGAGAAUGAUGAAAGCUUUUUAUGAGCAGAAACGCGUGAAUAAUUAGUGACGACUGUAGCUCUUGUUAAUUAACACUAACAGAAGCCUUGACCUCACACUGCCUUAUGUAAAGGUAGCAACAUGUUUAUGUUCAUGCGUCUGGUUAUGCGAUUUUUUCUAACAGUUAGAUGAUGAGUGAAUGGACGUUUGUUCUCUUGAAUCUUGCUGUGAUAAGUGAUAUGUUUUAAUAACACUAAUAAUAAAAAAAUGACUGCUAUAAUAAUAUUUGUGUAAUUGUAACUAGUAGUACUAGUUCUGUAAUAAGAUUGUAAAUGAUAAAGUCUACUGCUUAAUUAAGAGCGAAUAAUGUAAUAAAAUGUUGAA